AUGGCGGCCCAGACUGCGGCGGCGCGUGAGACCGGCGCGCACUCCAGUUGGGCCCGCCACUCGGCGCCGCCCGGUGGCCCAAGGCAGCCGCCCGCGGUGGCGACUGGGCACGCCGCGUGCACCCUCGAGGCCGUCGUGGAGGGCGGGAGCACGCCGCUGCGCGCUGCCGCUGGGGAGUUCCCCGGGCCGCCAGGAAGGGCACGCGAGCAGGACGCCGACGUGGCCGAGUCCGAGACGACAUCCGCCUUCGACCAAGAACGGGGAUACGCGUGCGAGAUGAUCACCAAGCUAAAUGGCCAGUUGGCCAAGUCUGAAGCGACGGCAGCCCGCGGGCAAACGCGCGCCUUUCAGCAGGCGCGGCGGUACGCAUCCGCGAAGAUCACGGAGCUGAACGCCAAGACGGCCGAUUCAGAGAGACACGCUUCCCAGAAGGUCUCGAAGCAGAACGCCCAGACGGCCGAGUCCGAGUCCGAGACUACACCCGCCUCCGACCAGGCCCAGCGCUGCGCGUCCGAGAACACCAUGGAGCUGCACGCCCACAUGGCCGAACCCGACGCGACGCCCACCUUCGAGCAGAUAUGGGGCUAA